UUUUAGAUGACUUUACAUCUGCAGUCCUGCUCCUGGGUAAACAGUGGUACUGAUAACUAAUAUUGACUUUUAAUUGGCCCUUCCCUCUUUCACUGUUCUACAAUAAAGUAAAAAAUACCCAGGAAUUUACAAGAAAAAACACUGCAGAAUGUGCUACUACACGAUGUGUUUAGUAUUAUUAUUUGCAUUUUUCAUUGGUUUCGCUCAAGCAGAUCAGCAUCUGAGCACCAAAGAAUGUGAAAAUCUGGGUUUCACGGGCCUAGCUCUAUGCUCCGAUUGCCACACCUUUGCUGAAUACAUCAAAGAUCAAGAGCUAGUGUCUGAUUGUUUGAAGUGUUGCUCUGAGGAUUCUGAUGAUGCCACAAGCAAGGUUAUAUAUGCUGGUGCAAUUUUAGAGGUCUGCAUGAGAAAACUGGUCUUUUAUCCUGAAAUUGUUGGUUUUAUCGAGGAAGAGAAGGAUAAAUUUCCGAACGUGAAAGUUCAGUACGCCUUUAAUUCUCCACCAAAAUUGAACAUGCUGGAUGAUGAUGGACAACUGAAGGAAACCAUCAGAGUUGAUAAUUGGAAACGAGAACACAUAAUACAGUUUCUGAGGGAGAAAGUUAAACCAUCAUCAGACAUUUAAUGUAAGAAGUUCCGAGCUCCUCAUUUCUGUUAGUUUGAAUGUUUUCUUGCUUAAUUGGUGCCAACUGGAAUGAUGUACGCUGAAACAAAAUCAUAGGAGACGGACACACUCCUAAGAUCAGUUCUACUGUCUCGAGAGUCAAUUUUGCAAGUUCAAGAUUCAUUUGAAAUCUAAUUUUGGUUAUUCUACUUUUAGGUUUUUAUGGAUUUGUUGAGUUUGGUACAAAUAUGUGCUAUUAAUGUUUAUACGAAAGGCAUAUGCUUCCAUUUGUAUUCCUUUA